AUGACUACAAUCAGACCAACUAGUGCACACUCGCAGCAAAACUUGGAAACUAUGGACGAAACGUUGGCCAAGCUCGGCGUGGGAAAAGACUGCGACAACGCCUUCAGAAAAUUAUUCAAUGAUAUUUGCGCUGAAUGCUACCAACACUACGAGAAGAAGACGCAUACAAUCUCGGAAAAUUUCAUGGAAGACUGGUCAAGAGAAGAAUGCAGAACUAUUCUUCGAGAAAUGACCCUUUACUUUCUGAACGACAAGGAAGGAUAUUUAUUUUGGUCAGAAACGUGCAAAGACCCACCACCAUACGUCCUCCCCAGAGACACCGAAAUUAUUCAGGAACUUUUAGCAAGACACCUUUUUCUAUACAUCAAUGACACGAGAAGAAAAGCCACAGUGAGAAGGAAAAUUUUAGAGGGAAAAGGAGACUCUACAGAACGCGCAAUUGACAUCGAUGUUCUGUCAGAUGAUGGUCUUGCUCCUUUUGUCCCGGCGUCCUCCCCUGACUGUGUUCCCAAAAGGGAACCCGGUACAUGUGAUUAUGGAACUGAGCAAGACAUCAUGGUGCCUCAACAGGAAACUCCCAUCCACAAACAAACCGCGAAGCGCCCGGCUGAAGCAGAAUUCCCCCAAGCUCAAAUCCGAGCAAAGAGUGUUCGUCUAGGUGCUCCAGACUCUAGUAUCGGAUUACCUAGUCUCCAAAUAGGAGAAGAAGAGAGCCUGUUUGUAUCAGACGACGAGUCUAUCCGCGAUCAAACUGUGGUCUACAGUGGUAGCGAGACCAAGCAGGUUAAUCCCAUUCACGAGCGUGAUGGCCUCCCCGACGGCUUGCCUGCGGUUGUAAAUGCUGAGCCUGCUGUACCUCAAACUCUACAAGAAAACUACCUCGGAAACGUCACAGAGAAUAUCCAAAACAACCCACCAAAAGUCUCUGCCCCAGAAGGACUCGGAUCUAUUUACAACCUGGAUACGGCCGUCUGCAGGUCGUUGCGGGAGAAAGCCACAUUUUCGCCCUACAAUCCCAAUCGCACAGGAUUUCAGAAAGCAACUAAUCCGACUCCCAAAGCGGGUGCAAAUCGUCUGAUAAAGGGUAAACUUAAUGCGAUAUCCCGCUUCCAAUCGAGGCUCAAUGCACCGAUGCAUGUGCCAGAGCAAACUUAUAGACCGCCAGUCUUUCAUAGCCCUUUUGUCCCUUCAGAGUCUUCAGAGUCAGUAUGUUCAGAAACGAAGACCCCGGAUUUUACUCCAGAUUCUACGCCAGAUUUUACGCCAGAUGGCAUGCCUGAUGUUUGUCAUCCAGACAUCCUCUUCACCAAAGCCCCCCCUACUGUCAAGGAUACCGACUUCCCCAUCACUCAUGUUCUAGUCAACAAAGACAAACUAGGGGAAAAAAUCCCAGACAAGGCAGAAGAAUUGCCUUAUAAAAAGCCAUUAAUGGACUCGUCGGCGAAUGAGAACCCAUACCAGAACGUCAAGAUCCCCAUGCCCCCAGAGAAGGGACUGUUCCCAGAGAAGGGAUUAUUCCCAGAGAAGGGACUGUUCCCAGAGAAGCAACUUAACUUCGACUCGAACCAUGCCAAGCACAUCCUCGACAGCAAUCUCCGUAAACACGCCAAGGCAACUACCACACCCAUAAGGUUCCUCUUUUCGCUGCAUCACUCGACCACCCACGCCCAACCCAUCAAAUUUUCGCCCUACGACUUCUUUUCAAUGACACUGAGAGAAUUCGUUGAGGCUCUGCCGCUAAAGAACAAAGACCAGAUCUCAGGGUUGUGCAUACGCCAGUAUGGGCAGAUCACUUGUCUGCGACAGGUAUAUUUGUACAAUGAGGACGUUUUUGGAAAUAUCCGUGACGAGUUUAUAAGAUACAUCGAUGAUGAUAUUAGCGACGCUAAGUGCACGGAGAAGACGUUAGACUAUGAGAUCAGUAUCGAGCCUGUUAUGGACGAUUAUUAA